UGAACAGAAGAAAAUAUAGAUAUUUUGGGUUCUGCUGUUGUGUACGUUAUUAAAACCAAUCCAUUUCUUUCUCUCUCUUUUCUAUUCGCUCAAAUGGCUGUCAACCUUGGAAACCUGGCGCUGUUACUGGACCUGGCUUCGCCGCGGGGCGCGAUUCUAGAGAGGAAGACUCGUCCCGUUGGAUCCGACAUCGUUUUGAGCUCGGCACCCUCCAAGAGGGACUCCCCCCCCUCCUGCUGCUAUGCGCCCGAGGGAGACGCGCGGAAUCGCCUGGUGAUGGUGCGUGGAAAGUCCAACUCGGAGAAGAACGGCGUGGAGUUUGACAGCGACGAGGAGGAGGAGGAGGAAGGUGGGAUGGAGGACUGGGAGACGGAAAUGCGGCGGAGAGUGAGGGAGUUCGAGGCGAGGAGGGAGCUGGAGACGAAGGCGGAGGAGUUACAGAGCAGCGUUGAUGAAGGCAGGGAAGAAACUGAGGAGGAGAAAAGGAUGAGAGUCAGAAAAGAACUCGAAAAGGUGGCUAAGGAACAGGCAGAAAGGAGGGCCACUGCACAGCUGAUGUUUGAUUUGGGCCAGAAGGCUUAUGGAAAGGGCUCCUAUGGACGUGCCAUUGAGUUUCUUGAAGCUGCACUCACUAUCAUACCAAGACCUACAUUAUUUGGUGGUGAGAUUCAAAUAUGGCUGGCUAUGGCCUAUGAGGCCCAUAACCGCCAUAAAGAUUGCAUUGCUCUAUACCGGCAAUUAGAAAAUACACACCCGAGUAUCAGCAUCCGACGCCAAGCCGCAGAGCUUCGGUAUAUUUUGCAAGCGCCAAAGCUCAAGAUAUCCCAGGAGGAGAUGGUGACUAUACCCUUGAUUGGCUCUAGUUAUGACAGCUAUGCGGCAACAUGGAGUGAUAAGCACAAGGACAAGGAUCGAAGAAUGAGUGGAUCAGUGACGAAUCAGCUUCCAUCAUCCAAGGAUUACCUUGCGGACUUUCUUGUAUGGAAACCUCCCGUUGGGUUAGGGAAAAGUCGAGCAUUCUGGGUUGGUUUAACGAUAUGGUUGGGAUUGGUUGGAACCGCCCUUUUUAUUCAAAGAUAAAGUACACUUAUAUAUAAAGUUCUCCAAGUGAUGUAUACAUUCUAAUUUGUUGCUAUAGCUUUUCUUUUUUAUAUAAUGUGAAGUCCAUGUUGUAAUAUUAGAGAAUGUAUGGAAUAGAUUUGUAAAAUUAUUGUAUGUAUAAAAUAGAUAAAUAUGCUAUUUUGUUAUA